UUCCGAUGGCUACGGCGGCGGAGGUUGACUUCUCUGGCAUCGACUACUUGUAGGAAAGAGACAAAGCUACGUUUCUCUCUCACUCAUUUUACUUUCGAUGUUUGAUGUUUUGGAUUUUACCGGAAAAAAGAGUCAUAUAAAUAAUAAUAGAAGAAGGAAAAUCCAUGUACUAGUUGGAUCCACUUAAUGACUCCAUAAAAUUACAGUUCAUCAAUCAAAAUUUUGGUCUUAUAUUUCAAAACUUUAAAAAAAUUAUAUAUUUGGACCACCUUUUACAUUUACUUAUAGUGAGAUUUGGACCACUAUACAUUGAUAAUUCAGUUUUUAAUCUGGUUCUAGAUGGAUUUUGGCUUGUUUAUUAAUUAAAUUUUGAAAUUCCUUGUCGAGUAGUUUUCGAGGAAGGAAGGUCAAUGCUUUUUUGUGUUCAGACUUGAGAGAAUGUUGCUUCUUAUUCAAGUUGUUAUUUGUUUUUGGGGUCAAAAAAAAAAAUAUUCAAGUUGUUUCUAAUAUAGAAAAAACACAACGCUUCGAUAUCAGAUUCACUUGUUUCUUCUAGACUUCUUCUUCCUAUGCGUGCCGUUGACUAUUAUAGUUUAUUUCCAGAUUUUUGAUCCAUCCAAGGUUCAUAAUCUUUUCUUGGAUCUUUGAUUUUUCAUCUUCUCAUUCCAUUUUUUCUCUGAAAGUUCAUUGGAUUUUGAAAGUUUCAGCAUAUGGCUAUUGGUGAAGCAGCACUGUGUAACAAUGCCGAAAGCACAGUUUCUUCAAUUACAAGAAGGAGUUACCAAGUCGUUAUAGCAGCGACUAGAGACAUGGGUCUUGGUAUGGACAUGAAACUUCCUUGGGAUUUACCUUUCGAAUAUGAGUUUUUCCAGGGUGUAACAACUAGGACAUCCGAUCCCAAGAAGAGGAAUGCGACUAUUAUGGGAAGAAAAUCAUGGGAUUCUACUCCUCUCGAGUUUCGUCCCUUUCCUGGUCGCCUCAACAUUGUUCUCACAAAGUCUACCUGUCUCGACAUUGCCGCUGAUGAGAGUGUAUUGGUGUGUAGUAGCAUGGAAUCGGCUCUUGAACUUCUAGCCACUGCACCCUAUUCUUUGUCCACUGAGACGGUCUUUGUCAUAGGAGGCGGCGAGUUGCUAAGGAACUAUAUGAAUGCACCAGGCUGUGAUGCUAUUCACCUAACCGAAAUUGAAAUAAGCGUACCAUGCGACGCAUUUGCACCGAGGGUGGAUACAUGUCUAUACCAUCCGUGGUACUCAUCAUUUCCAAAUGUGGAAAAUGCGAUUCGGUAUAGCUUCAACACUUAUGUCCGAAGGAAAUUAGAUCCUAUUUUUGGUUCCGGUGAAAAGAAAAGUGUUGCUGAGUCAGAUUUCAAACAGUACUCGUUCUUGCCUAAGAUGGUUUUCGAGAGGCAUGAGGAGUUUGGUUACUUGAAUCUUGUUCAAAAAAUUAUAUCUAGUGGGGACAUGAAUGACAAUAACACUCUUUCUACAUUUGGCUGUCAGAUGCGGUUCAAUCUGCGCAAGACUUUUCCGCUUCUCACAACCAAGAAAGUGUUCUGGCUAGGCGUUGUUGAGGAAACCCUACAACUCAUCCGUGGUUCAACCAUUCUUAAGGAAAAAGGCACUAAUCAUAUAUGGGACAGCGAUGAUGCUAAAGAAUAUCUUGACAGCUUCGGAGUGAAUGCCACAGAAGAAGAUGGAAACCAACCACUCCACUGGACAAGGUCUGAUGCUAGCAAAGAAUUCAAUCAGCUCCCUGAUGUUAUAAACAAGAUAAAGAACAAUCCUCAUAAUCAAAAGAUCAUGCUUUCAACUUAUAAUCCCUUAGAUUACAAGUUGUCAGUAUCUCCUUGUGAGACAGUCGCGCAGUUCUAUGUGGCAAAUGGUGAGCUUUCCUGUCAAAUCUACCAGAACUCAACCGAAGCGAGCCUCUGGAUUCCUUUCAGUAUCGCUGCAUAUUCUCUCUUGACACGCAUCAUCGCUCAUGUUUGCGACCUCGUAGCUGGUGAUUUCAUCCAUGUGAUUGGACAAGCCCGUGUUAAUAAAGCUCACGUCAUGGCUAUACAAAAACAGCUUCAAAUCUCCCCAACACCCUUCCCGAUUUUGAAAAUCAACCCUGAGAAAAAGAAGAUCGAUAACUUUGAGGCUUCUGAUUUGGAACUCCUGGAGAUGUGACUCUACUUGUACUCUCAUUGCUUAUCAUAAGAACAAUAUUACAGAAAGCUUAUAUAGUACUUCAUAAAUUUUAUAAGAUGAACAAAAUUAUACAAAGAAAAGCUAAAAACAACAUUUUAUGCUCGGGCUUUGAAAUAUUUUUGCCCGUAUAUAUAUACAAAAAAAACACUCACAAACAUAUGUGAAUGCUUUGCAUAAACUUAAGUUUUUCUUUCUUUUUCUUUGCUUUUUUUUUUUUAGUAUUUUUUUA